AUGAUCAGAGUCCGCAAAGCCACCUUGGCCGACGCAGCCGACAUUAUUCGUAUUGGUCGGCACGUCUUUUCCGCCACCUUUGGGCACUCGGUCCCGGAAUCUGAGCUCCUGGCCUACCUAGAUUCUUCCUAUACGGAGCCGCUUAUUUCCGCCGAGCUAGAGGAUGCCACUAAAGAUAUUCUUGUGGCAGUCCAUCAUCACCCCCAGUUACAGGACGUGGGCUCAGACCCUACCAGCGCCGCGUCAAGCAGCAGCAGCAGCAGCAACAGCAGCACUGCCGACGACGACGACGGUGUGGUUGUUGGAUUCGCGCAGCUGACACGGGACUCGUCGUUAGCGGAGCCGUGCGUUGCUAAGCUUGCCCAGGCCGGCUCAUCAGUUGAGCUGCAGCGGCUGUAUGUUGACGUGUCAUUCCAUGGCACAGGGAUCGGCAGUCGGCUGGCGGGUGCCAUUGAGGAUAUUGCUCGCAAGGAAGGGUUCACGCACAUGUGGCUUGGCGUAUGGGAAGAAAAUCGAGCCGCUGCCCGUGUGUAUGCCAAGCUAGGCUACUCAGGUAUUGGGUUUCACGAUUUUGUGGUGGGAAGCAUCGUUCAGCGCGAUGACAUUUUGAUGAAGCAACUAUAA